AUGGCUGGAGAGAUGGAGAUUGAGAUAAUCAGAAGAGAAACCAUAAAACCAUCAACUCCAACUCCUCACCACCUUCAAAGCUAUAAGCUGUGUCUUCUGGAUCAGCUUGGUCCAGUAGCUUAUGGCCCUCUUGUUCUUUUCUAUCCCAACAACAAGGCCAUCACCACCCACCAAAGAUCCCAACAUCUAAAGAAAUCAUUAUCGGAAGCCUUAACUCUUUUCUACCCUCUUGCCGGAACAGUCCUUAGUGAUAACAAUUCCAUUCAAUGCAUCGACGACGGAGCUCAUUUCAUUGAAGCUCGAGUCCAUGGUCUUCUCGCAAACUUCCUCCAUAAUCCCGAUUCUGAACUACUACACCGAUUCCUUCCCAUCGAGAUCGAAUCGACGAAAGCAGGAAACGGGCCUGUUUUUCUUGUUCAAGCAAGUUUCUUCGACUGCGGUGGAUUGGCAGUUGGCACGUGCUUUGCGCACAAGAUAGGUGAUGCAACCACCCUGCGUGCAUUCUUGAAGAGCUGGUCUGCCAUAGCUCGUGGCCAUGGCCAUGAAGUUGUUCCACACUUCGGCACGGCGUCGAGAUUCCCUCCCAGAGAUCAUUUUCCGUUCCAACGGCCUUCCAUGUUACCUGUGGACAAGAUCAAGAAUGUCACGAAGAGAUUUGUAUUUCAUGCAUCAAAGAUGGAAGCUCUCAAGGCUAAGGUUUCCAGUGCAAGCGUGCCAAACCCUACUCGCGUUGAAGCUGCUACCGCUCUCUUGUGGAGAUCAGCAAUGGCAGCGUGGAGAUCAUCAAACAAAGGGAUAGCAAAGCACUCUGCGUUAACGCAUGCGGUAAACAUACGAAAAUGGGUGCAGCCGCCUUUACCGGAAAGCACUAUCGGAAAUCUUAUCACGUUCUUGGCUGCACGAACAGACAAUCAGGUGGAGAAUCAAAGGGAUAUUAAAGGUUUAGUCGCUGAAAUGAGGAAAGGAAAAAAGAAAUUCACUGAAACGCAAGCGAACAGACUAGGAGGAGAGAGUACGUUCGAGACGAUGUUAGAGUUUAUGAAAGAACUAGCAGAGAUGAUGGGAAAAUAUGAUAUGAACCGCUUGACCUGCACCAGUUUAUGCAACUUUGGAUUGUAUGGGACGGACUUUGGGUGGGGCAAGCCCAUUUGGGUGACAACUCCAACUCCUUCAUCUAAGAACUUGGCCAUGAUUAUAGACACGAGAGAUGGUGGUGGAGUAGACAUGUGGUUGUGUUUGACUCAGGAAGACAUGGCAUUAUUUGAACGUGAUCCCGAGCUUCUUGAAUUUGCUUCCCCAAAUCCGAGUCUGUUACUGCCUGAUGAGCCACCAAAAUGGACGGCUGCCCUUUAG